AUGCUGCCCUGGCUUCUUAUUUUCUCUGCUCUGGAUCUCCUGGUGUAUGGCAGUCCUACCAUAGUUUCUCGACAGGAGUGGGGAUCGAGUUCACUCACCUGCAGAGUCCCACUGAGCCUGCCUGUGGCCUACCUCAUCACAGAGCAGCUUACCAGGAUGGAGUGCCAAGAUCAGACUACCUGCAGUCAGAUGGUGCGGGUCCUACAGUCCCAUUCCAUCUACAACAAAGGCUGGUGUGAUGUGGCCUUCAACUUCCUGGUUGGGGAUGAUGGCAAUGUGUAUGAAGGUGUCGGUUGGCAUGUCCAAGGCUUGCAUGCUCAAGGCUACAGUAAUGUCUCUCUGAGCAUUGCCUUCUUUGGCAGUAAAAUAGGCAGCAGCCCCAGUCCCACUGCUUUAUCAGCUGCAAAGGACCUGAUCUCCCGUGCCAUCCAGGAUGGGUACCUGUCACCUAGGUACAUUCAGCCACUUCUCUUAAGAGAAGAGACCUGCUUGGUUCCUCAACAUUCAGAGAUGCCCAAGAAAGCAUGCCCCAGUAUCACUCCACGGUCGGCCUGGGAUGCCAGAGAGACACACUGCCCUCAAAUGAACCUCCCAGCCAAAUUUGUCAUCAUCAUCCACACUGCUGGAAAAAGCUGCAAUGAAUCUGUGGACUGCUUGGUUCGUGUCAGAGACACACAGUCUUUUCACAUAGACAAUCAAGAUUUCUGUGACAUUGCAUAUCACUUUCUAGUGGGCCAGGAUGGUGGAGUAUAUGAAGGAGUUGGCUGGAAUAUCGAAGGUUCUCACACCUAUGGAUACAAUGACAUUGCAUUAGGAAUUGCCUUCAUGGGAAACUUUGUAGAAAAGCCUCCAAAUAAAGCCGCUCUGGAAGCAGCUCAGGACCUGAUCCAGUGUGCCGUGGCCAAGGGGUACCUGACCCACAACUACCUGCUAAUGGGCCACAGUGAUGUGUCCAAUGUCCUGUCCCCUGGGCAGGCAUUGUAUGACAUCAUCAAGACAUGGCCUCACUUCAAGCACUGA